AUGUAUAUCAAGCAAAUUAUCAUCCAGGGCUUUAAAAGCUACAAGGACCAAACAGUCAUCGAGCCCUUUUCUUCAAAGACCAAUGUCAUUGUCGGUCGCAACGGUUCGGGAAAAAGUAAUUUCUUCGCAGCCAUCCGGUUUGUUCUCAGCGAUGCAUACACCCAGAUGAGUCGCGAGGAGCGGCAGGGUCUUCUCCACGAAGGCUCAGGCUCUGCCGUCAUGUCUGCAUACGUCGAGAUCAUUUUCGAUAAUAGCGACGACCGAUUCCCGACCGGAAACAAGGAGGUUAUCUUGCGCCGCACCAUCGGUCUGAAAAAGGACGAAUACUCAGUGGACCGCAAGGUGGUGACCAAGGCCGAUGUCAUGAACCUACUUGAAGCUGCUGGAUUCUCGCGAUCAAAUCCGUACUACAUCGUGCCACAGGGACGAGUUACCGCACUGACGAAUAUGAAAGAGUCCGACAGGCUCAAUUUAUUGAAGGAGGUAGCGGGAACACAAGUGUACGAGACACGUCGUGCAGAAUCACUGAAAAUUAUGAACGAGACAAACAAUAAGAGAGAAAAGAUCGAUGAGCUUCUGGUGUACAUCAAAGAAAGACUCAACGAGCUGGAGGAAGAAAAGGAAGAGCUCAGAGGGUUCCAGGACAAGGACAGGGAGAGACGAUGCCUCGAAUACGCAUACUACCACAACAUACAGCUCAACGUCCAAUCUGCCCUCGAGGAGCUCGAUAAUGCGCGACAAGAUGGCAUCGAUAGUUCCGACACCAACAGAGCAGAGUUCUCGCAGGGAGAAAAGGCGAUAUCAAGGCUUGACUCGGAGAUUCACAAGUUAGAGAGAGAGAUGGAGCUUCUACAGAUCGACCGACGACAACUCGAGGAAGAUAGACGUGACAGUGCCAAGAGUAUGGCCAAAGCUGAGAUGAAGACCAAGAACUUGAAAGAAGGCCAAUCCGCCCAGGAACAAGCCCGAGCUCAGCAUGCAGCUGAUCUUGAGUCCGUGCAGAACGAGAUAGCAUCAAAAGAGCAGCAGCUGUCCGUCAUUUUGCCAGCAUACAACGAGAAAAAGCAGGAAGAGGACAAUGUUCGACGACAACUCGACCACGCCGAAUCUACACGCAACCGUUUGUUCGCCAAACAGAGCCGUGGCUCUCAGUUCAGAAACAAAUCCGAGCGCGAUGCAUGGCUAAAGAAGGAAAUCCAAGAACUUGAACUCAAUAUCAGCACACAAAAAGCCAACAAGAUUGACGCAGAUGAGGAAGUUCAGAGAGUUCACGAAUCAAUUGCCCAAGCAGAGCAAGAGGUUGCCGAGCUGCGAAAUCGUCUCGCCAACUUUAGUGCUGAGAGAGGAGCCCUUGAGGAGGAGGCAACAAAGGCAGGUGAUGUUAUCGACAAACUCAACGAUGAGCGAAAACUUGUCAGACGUGAAGACGACAAGCUUAACUCAGUCAUCGCCAAUGCUCGCCAGGAGAAAGAGGCUGCUGAGCGUGAACUGUCGCAUACUAUGGACGGAGCAACUGCUCGUGGUUUAGCAACAAUCCGACGACUGAAGCAAGAGCGUGAUAUUCCUGGAGCAUAUGGAACACUGGCUGAACUUCUCCAAGUCAGUGAUGCAUACAGGCUUCCUGUCGAGCAGAUUGCCGGCGCAAGUCUCUUCCAUUAUAUUGUCGACAACGCAGACACUGCCACCUACCUCGCAGACACUCUGUACAGACAACAGGGAGGUCGAGUUACGUUCAUGCCUCUUGCUCAGCUGCGGCCCAAGUCGAUUAACCUCCCUAGGUCUAACGAUGCGGUGCCCCUCCUUAGUAAGAUCUCAUACGAUGAAGCGUACGAGAAGGCUUUCCAGCAAGUAUUUGGCAAGGUUGUUGUCUGCCCUAACCUGACUGUAGCAAGCCAAUACGCACGAAGCCACGGCGUAGACGGUAUCACUGCUGAAGGUGACACAACCAACAAGAGGGGUGCGAUGACUGGUGGAUACAUCGAUCCUCGCAAGUCUCGUUUGCAAGCUGUCCAGGCCGUGAACAAGUGGCGGGGUGAAUACGAGAGAUUGCUGGCACAGUCCCGGGACAUCCGACAACAGACAGAGCUGAAGGAUCAAGAGAUUACAGCGGCCAUGUCAGAACUCCAGAAGGCCAGGGAGAGACUACGACAAGCUGUUGAUGGGUUUGAGCCACUCAGACAUGAGCUGAUGAACAAGUCGACACAUCUGGAGAACGAGCGAGGCCAUCUCGACGCAGCUGUCAAACGCCGAGAUGCUGUUGAAAGUAACAUGAACAGUUUCUUGGAAGACCUUGCUGGCCAUGAGACUGAGCUCAAAUCAGAUUUUAAGAAGAAUCUGACCUCGGCAGAAGAGCACCAGCUGGAAGAACUUGGCAACAGUAUCCAAGAACUUCAGAAGGAAUGGAACGAGCUCAGCAGGGCUCGACGUGACCUGGGACGGCAGAAGCAGCUCCUCGAGGUUGACCUUCGCCAAAAUCUGCAAAUGAAGCUUGACCAGCUCAACAGUCAGGCCUUUGAGAACUCGACCUCUGGUUCUUCAGCUGGUGGAUUGAAGGAGGCCCAAAGAGAACUUAAGAAGGCACAGAAAGCGCAGAAAACCGUCGAGGCAAGUCUUCAGGAAGUAGAAGCUAAGCUGGACGACUCGCAAGCCCGAUUAGAGCAACUGGAGAACGAUAGAGCGCAGCGGGAGCAGGCCCAACAAGAGAUAUCCGCAAGGAUCGAGAAACAGCAGAAGAGAAUGGACAAGAGUCUUCGAAGGAAAGCCGUCUUGACAACACAAGCCGCCGAGUGUGCCCAGACCAUUCGUGAUCUUGGUGUGCUCCCCGAAGAAGCUUUUGACAAGUACGAGAACAUGGAUCCCAAGACGGCAAGUUUUCCCCGCCACGGGUUAGCGAAAGCGAACACUAACAUGUCUUUAGGUCACGUCAACAAGAAGGCCUUUGAACAGUACAAUAACUUUACGACACAACAAGACCAGCUUAUGAAGCGACGUAAGGAGUUGGACGAGUCCCAAGAAUCCAUCGAGGAACUCGUUGAGCAUCUCGAUCGCCGAAAGGAUGAAGCUAUCGAGCGAACAUUCAAGCAAGUUUCAAGAGAGUUUACAACCAUUUUCGGCAAGCUUGUGCCUGCUGGUCACGGCCGCCUGCUGAUCCAGCGACGGGCGGACCGUCGUCAAGAACCUACUGACGAAUCUGAUGGAGAGGCUCGAGGUGCUGUUGAAAACUACACAGGUGUCGGAAUCAGUGUGUCAUUCAACUCCAAGCACCUUGACGAGCAACAGAAAAUCCAGCAGCUCAGUGGUGGUCAGAAGAGUUUGUGUGCCCUAUGCCUUAUCUUCGCUCUUCAGGCAACUGAGAGCAGUCCUAUGGUCAUUUUCGACGAGGUCGACGCCAACUUAGACGCCCAAUACCGAACAGCGGUUGCAGCCCUGCUUGAUUCCAUCUCCAACGAGAUUGGUACACAAUUCAUCUGCACCACUUUCCGACCUGAGAUUGUGCAUGUCGCAGACAGAUGUUAUGGUGUGACGUUCCGCAACAAGACCAGCUCGAUCGACUGCGUUAGCACCGAGCAAGCACUUGACUUUGUUGAGGGUCAAGCGAAGCCUGCUUAG